AUGCAGCACAAGGCAUUUUGGAAUGCCCUGGAGUACACCUGCCGAUUGCUGGGCAUCUCCACCGCAGCAGUGCUGAUCGGUGUGGGCAUAGAAACUCUGCAGCGAGGACAAUUUAAAAGCCUGGCUUUCUAUCUGCUUUUUUCAGGGGUUGCAGUUUCUGUCUGCGAAGGCUUCUUCUUUAUCAGUUUGUUCCUGGAGAUGUGCUUCACUCACAAGCCUGAAUUCCUGGCACAGGCCUUCUGGAAGAGAGCUAGAUGCCCAGGGAGCUUCCAGAAAUUCCUGGGGUACACGCUGCUCUCAGUGGCUUGCUUCCUGCACCCCGUCCUCGUCUGGCAUGUCACCAUCCCUGGCUCCAUGCUGGUGCUCACUGCCCUGGCCUACUUCCUGCUGAGCAAGAGGAGGAAGAGCCCAGGGCACAAAGACAUGCAUCCCCAGGCAGGUCAGUACGUGGACCCUUCAACCACCGAGGCAGCCCCAACCAUCAUUGGUGACACUGAGCAGACCUACACAUUCCACGGGGCCCAGAGGGAGCAGCACUGCUCGCUUCUGGGCCAUAUGAAGAGCAUCCUGAAGGGCAGCAAGGACAGCAGCUCAGCCCCAGAAGCUCCUGUCCAACCAGCAGCCAUGCCAGCCCCUCGCAAGCAAGUGCACUUUCAGGAGAAGGUGGUGCAGAUUAUCCCCUCCGUCAGCGAGGACUUGGAGGACGUGAAGAGUGAGGCUGAGGAGACCACAUCGGACACAACACCCAUCCUCACCUCCCCUGACACCCCCAUCAUCAUCACCCCUCUCAGCUCCACCGGCCUCUUUUGAGCCCUC